AUGGCUUCCUCAUCCUCCAGUCUGAUAUGUCUCCCUCUAGAUCGAUAUCUAGAGAAGUUCGAAUUGGCCCGGAGGCGCUUGAUCGUCAAACAUAGAGUCGCCCGCGCUCUUCGAAAGGCCGAGAAAGCGUUUCGCAAGGCCAAUCCAACAUACGCGGACACUCUUCGAUUGGACCAUAUACGCCAGAUCGACUAUCCAGUCCUCGACAAAGAAAACCGCAUAUAUCUGGACUAUGCCGGCUCUGGCAUCCACGGCGAAUCACAGCUGCAGCGUCAUUUUGAACUGCUGCGAAGCAACGUCUUUGGCAACCCGCAUUCCAUCAAUCCGACCUCAAGCGCCAUCACGAAGUUGGAUGAACAGGCCAGAGCCAGGGUGCUCUCCUUCUUCAGGGCGGACCCAUCUGAAUACAUCGUCAUCUUCACCAUCAACACAUCCAAUGCACUCAAAUUGAUUGGAGAAGCCUACCCUUUCACCGAGGGAGGUGAACUGCUUCUGCUAAAUGACAAUCAGCCUCCCGUGAUAGGGCUGCGAGACUUUGCCAGGAGACGGGGCGCGGCUGUCUCAUAUCUACCGGUUAAACAGCCCGAGCUACGAUGUGACGAAGGCGCGGUAAAGUCGGCUCUGAAACGCAAGGAGAGCAUUGACGAGGCCCCCGCCCGUCUCUUCGCCUUUCCCGCUCAGUCGAACUUUACUGGCGUCCAGCAUCCUCUCGAGUGGAUUGCCGAUGCUCAGGAGCAGGGAUGGCAUGUCUUGCUAGACGCAGACAAUUAUGCCCCUACAAACAUUCUAGACCUGUCUCGCUGGCACCCGGACUUCGUCAGCGUAUCCUUCUACAAGAUGUUCGGCCACCCGUCUAGUGUAGGUGCCGUCCUGGCUCGCAGGGAGGCCUUUGCUAAACUGGGCCGUCCCUGGUUUGCCGGAGGUACUGUCUGGGGCAGCUCGGUCCAAGCAAACGGACAUAUGUUGCUGGGAGACAACGAGGGUUUUGAAGACGGUACUAUCAACUUCCUUUCCCUUCCUGCCAUCCGCAUAGGCCUCAAUCAUAUAGCCGGUAUAGGCAUGGAAGCCAUCCAUACCCGCGUCAGCUGCCUUACCAACUGGCUGCUUAAAGAGCUCAACGGUUUAACCCACACAAACGGGGAGCCUCUGGUGGUGAUAUAUGGCCCGUACACCUCCGACUUGCCUCGUGGUGGUAUUAUCGCCCUCAACUUCGUCGACAUGAAGGGAUGUUUGGUCGACGAGGACCUAGUUGCCCGCCGAGCUGCUGCGCGCAACAUAACAUUGCAUGUUGGGUCUGCCCUUCAGCCAAACACGGAAACAUCUAGUGCUGUCGAGUCUGAUUCUCCGGAUGCCAUACAGAAAGUAUCCGGCGAGACUCAGGAGCGCAAAAAGCCGACGGAAAGGAGGAGGGAGAGUGAAACUUCCUUCAACGAGGUCGGCCUGCCCACCGGUGGUUUCAUUCGCAUCUCCCUUGGCCUAGCUUCUAAUUUCUCGGAUGCUUUCGAGUUCGUUCGGUUUGCAUCUACUUUCCUUGACACGAUUCCUGUUAACGAUGCCUGCACCGCCUGA